AUGUCGUCCACGAUCCUCAGGCAGGUCGCCAGCGCCACCCGCACCGCGUCGCGCGCACGCUCCUUCGCGAGCUCUGCUGUCACCCGUAGAGACCUCGUCCAGGACCUUUACAUUAAAGAGCUCAAGGGCUACAAAGCUCCCCCUGCCGCCAAAGAUGCCCACGUCGGCACUGUAAAGUCCUACUCCGCCCCCGCGGCUCCCCAAGUCCCCACCCUCCCCUCCGACCUCGCCUCCGAACUCUCCGCCUUCGACGCAUCCGAGCCUACCAAAGCUUCCGCCGACGUCGCCCCCACAGGUGCCUCUGCCGUCCCCAGUGGUGCUGAGGCUUUCUUGACGUUCUUGGAGGCCGAUGAGGUCGAGGAGCACCACCACUAGUAGAGUGGGGGCGGGUGAGGCGUGAUGUUGUAAUGUUUGGUGUUGUCGGUGGAACAAAAUAGACGGAGGAUUUUCUUUGAUCUCAUGCUAGUUUGUUCGUGUGGAAAACAUCUGUCC